AUGGUUCCUUCCACAGAAUCGAUCGUAGACGCUUUGGCAGCAAUUGUGAAUAAUGCAGCCGCAAGUGCUAUCCAACAAGGAAUACAGCAGCAGCAACAACAACAAUUACUGCAACAAUUACAACAGCAAAUGCAACCGCAAGCACAGCAACAAUUAGCAAGUGAGUAUCCGGUGUCACAUAGUGUUUCAAACUGUACAUCUCGACAUAAAUUUGCAUCACCUAAAUAA